UGAAGUUUGAAGUUUCACAAAAUUCACAUAAACCAUUGUUAAGCAUUAAAUUCAAGUAAGUACUUAUUUUCAUAUCAAGAAAACAACAUCAGUCAGUUGAGUUAAGGCUACCCUGCAAUUCAAAAGUUCACUUUUGCUGUUAUAUAUGCUAUUCAUUUCUUUUCUGGGCUAAGUCUUUAUCCCAUGAAAGUGGAUGUGGGGCCCAGAUGUGUAGUGGCUGCUGUUUACUUGUUUGUUUCUAAUAUUAUCCUUUGAAAAAGAAAAAAAUUAUUAUGCAAUAUUAUCUUCAAUUGAAUUAACUUCAACAGAAAGAGGUAUUAUUUAUAAAAUAUUUGUCCAAUUACAUUAUCAAAUGGCAAUCUUUGUUUGGUAAUAUGUCUCUAGUUCAACCAUAACUUUAUCUUGAAGUGAGCCACUGAAAACUACAGAAAUAAGCCCUUAAGCAAAGAAAAUCAAAGAAACAAACAAAAUCAGUUUCUUAGUGGGAUAAAUUUAAUAGCAUUGAUUCAAGAGUGAAUCUUAAAACCAAUUCAAAGAUUUGUUCAUUUAUAAUUCUUGUAUAAAUACUUUUUUAACUUUGCCUUUACCCCAAAGGAUAGAAAAUCCAGCAUUGUCAAAUAAGGUGCAAAGCCACUAUCAAAUAAAGGUAAAGGAAGUCAAUUUGGUCAUCAAAACGAGUUGAAAUUAUCUAACAAGAAUGCUGUAUAUAUUUCAGUGCUCACAAAGCCAAUACCAAAUUUUAUGUUUCAACAUUCUCUUCUUUAAACAAAAUGACUGUGUUCUGUCAUGAAGAGCAUUCAAAUCCUUCCAAGGGAUGCAAAUUUCUGGCUGCUUGUUUAAAGGAAGCAUUUUCCAAUUGCCAUAACUUUCGAGGAAGAAUUUCAACUUUAGGCCAAGAUGAAGAAUACCCAACAAGCGAUUUCGAUGAUGAAGAAGAGGAAGUUGUUUCAGCAAUUCGAAGUGGGGCACUAGAGAAGUUGAAGAAGAAGCCUAUCCUUAUGAGCUCAGAUAACUUUUCUUGGGUUUAUUACUCUCCAAUAACCAGACAACUAUACAUAAGCUCAAAAGGACUCGAACAAAAAGAGGAUGAUAGUAAUGAAGACUACGAAAAAGAAGAGUUUUUAUCAGUGAAAAGCUGUUUUUCUUGUUGUUCAAGUGUUGCUGCAAGUAAAGAUGUUUUUCUUUCUGUCAAUACAAGUUUUUCUCAUUGUCCAAGUCCAAUUGAGCUCGACUUAAAAGAGUAUCAAAGGCGUUCGAUAAUUCAAGAGUUUUGUCACUGUGAAGGGUGGCCUUUUGGUCUGUGCCGCAAGGUUGUGUUGCUUCCUCCACUGCCUAAGUCACCCUCUGAAUCCUGGUCAUGGCAUAAAGGCACCACCAAGAUGGUUAAACUAACUUAUUAGUACUCAGCAGCAGCUGAGAUUGAGAACUUCUUUUCUAUUUACUAGUUUUUAAAAGUAAUAAAAUUGCAUAAUGGGGGGUAUGAAGUUUAAUUACUACUGUUAUUAUUAUUCCAUGUAUAAGAGAAUCAAAAUUGGAUGAUUUUGAUUGAGUAAUGGUUUGUAGUCGAACAUUGUGAUCUUGCAAUGAUGACAUUACUUUUCUUA